CAAGAAUCAUACAACAUUGUUGUACUCGGGGCUGUCGCAUAAUACCAAUCUAGUAUGUGCGAUCAAGCUAUGCCCAGCCCAUCAAAUUUUCCUCUAUCCUUUUCAGGCGAUGUUCUCGUCAAAAAGAAGCUUUUGCAGCUUUUGCACAGGAAGACCAAUCAAGCCUCCCGUUCAUCUUUUCAGCUUCUAUCCUUGGCGGAUCUAGAAGACAUGCGAUUGACGAAUCAAGCAGGAUGAAGCUUGCACGCCUUCAAAAUGCCAAGCGAUAUGGGACACACACUUUGUAGGCCAGGUCCGACGAGGUACUGGUUGCUUUAUCGUGCGAGUAACUCCGUACCUUCGGCGUGGGCAGUGGGAGAUAUUCCUGCAAAGUUCUCAAAGAUUUGCGCCGGAAAGUUUCGAGUCGAAGAGACUUCAGUAUCUCACACAGCGUGAUCCUUGGGACUGGCUGCCCUACGUCUUCCUAAGUUAGCGCUAGUGCCCUCGGAAUUACAUGCGGAAUUACAUACGGGCAAAAUGCACCAGGUUCCGUAGACAAGUUAUGCUAUUAAAGCACUUUCGAGCACCUCUAAAGGGCAGUUGAAGAACACAAUUCAUGUUGCUCGCUGCAGCCAAGAACAGCACGUGUGGUUUCCCUUGGUGUCAACUCCUUGUCAUCCAUUCAUCCCGCUUUCGUCACACCGACUAGUGCUUGUGAACUCAAGCUCCUCCCUGGUAGAAAGCAAGCAGGAUUCGGUACCUGCAGGAGCUCCCUGAAUCUUAUAAGAAGAGCGUAGUACCUUGAUGUCUUUUUGUCUUGCAAUCGAGUAGUUGCCUUAUUCGUGCUAGUUGAUCAUCAUGGUCGCCAAUACAGCAUUGCUCACGGCGGUGUCAGUGUUGAGCUUGACAGCUGCCCAGACAUUUCAACGGUUAGGUGGUUGUCCAAGUAAGCAAAGAAGAUCCACAAUUGGCCGAACUAGCACUGAUUAACAUUCUGUAGCUCUUGGUUGUGUACUUCCUCCCGAUCAAACCGAUUUCUUGGCCGGACAGUAUUUUGACAUACGUCUUGAGGUAUGCCGGCCGGCCUCAUUGACAACAGGAAAAACAAUUAACUGAAGAUUCAGGUUCACGCACCCGUCAAUGGCUCUGAAGCAAAUGGGGGAGUUCCGGAUACGAACUUUGUAUUCACUAUUGCUAAAAAGGACGGAGGACCUCAACCAGCUGCAACCUUCUUUAAGGUUGCGGAACCAGCUCUAGAGACUUGGAAUUUUACUUGGUUCGAGGACCUGUUUGCCCAGGAGUUGAAACAACCUUCUCUUGUCCAGGUCGCCUCCAAGGCAUACCGACGUGUUGCUCUUUACGAGCCCGGAGAGUAUGCUGCGACUUUGACAUACUACAAUGGAACCAACACCACUGCUAAUUGGUUGGUGCGACCAAUCCAGCAGCAAAAGAAGGCAAAGAAUGUCAUUUUAUUUAUUGGUAAGAUGCUGUCCCACACUUUUGACUUGACGCUCUUCUAACCAGGUUCUAGGUGAUGGUAUGACCACCAACAUGAUCACGGCAGCGAGAUUGAUUGGUCACAAAAGUAUCAACGGGAAGUAUCAGUCUCGCAUGCAGAUGGACAAGUUCCCAGUUUUGGGGCAUCAAAUGGUAAGUCUUACUACGUAUACGUCCCUAUCGACAUCAUUCCCCUCAUGUGGCUCUGGAUCCCUCCAGCCUGCGUAUUGGUGUCAAAGUUCCAUGAAACUAACUGCUUUCAGACACAUUCUCUUGAUAGCUACAUGACAGAUUCAGCGAAUAGUGCCUCGGCUUUGUACUCUGGGCAUAAGUCAACUGUGAAUGCCAUGGGCGUCUACGCCGAUUCAAGCGCUGAUGCUUUCGACGAUCCUAAAGUGGAGACGAUCGUUGAGCUUCUUACAAGAAUUUGGGGGUGUGCAAUCGGAGUCGUGUCGACGGCCUUUUUGGCUGAUGCCACUCCAAUUGCUUUGACCGGUCAUACAAGAACGCGCGCAGCUUACGCGCCGCUGAUUGAUCAAUCGCUCCGUGGAGUUCAAAACUAUACCUGGACCAAUUACACCGGGGCUGACGUUUUCUUUGGGGCUGGAGCAGAACAAUUUUACCCAGGGACCACUUCAUAUCAAGGAAAAGAUUACUACCAGGAAUAUGCCAACGCAGGUUACAGCGUCUCGCUGAACAAAACUUCACUUUUAUCUGUCCCAAACACGCAGAAAGCACUCGGUGUAUUCAGCACCAGCUCGCUUCCUGUCUGGCUAGAUCGAAAUGUUUACAAGAAUUACCUAAACACCACUACCAAUCACCCAUCUGGCAACAAAGAGCCCGCUCUCGAUUUGCCAGGAUUGAAAGAGAUGACUUUGAAAGCGAUUGAUAUCCUUCACGAGCGGGGAGGUGAAAAGGGCUUCUUUAUGAUGUCUGAGGCUGCAUCUAUUGAUAAGCAAAUGCAUGCUCUGGAUUAUGAUAGAGCUCUCGGGGAUUUGCUGGAACUGGAUGAUACUGUCAAAGCAACUAUUGAAAAGCUUACGCAAAUGGGUCUAAUCAACGAUACCUUGAUAAUCGUGACUGCUGAUCACGGGUUAGUGUGUCCAUUCUUGAUUCAAUCCUGCGUUUACUAAUUUUGUUUAACUUUUAGACACGGGUUUGAUGUUUAUGGUUCAGCCGAUACAAAAUAUCUGGCCUCCAAAUCUAGCGAUCGAGAGAAGCGCAAUGCCAUAGGCAUUUACCAGAACUCUGGGCUGAGCCAAUACACUGUGCCCAACGCAAGCGUUUCCUACGACACAGGCGUCAAUUUCCCCGUCAACUGGGACCCACGAUAUACUCUUGCCCAAGGAGUUGGCGCUAUGCCGGAUCAUCGAGAGAAUUAUCGCGUCCACAAGGACGCUCCUCGCCUAGCUGCCACUAACAUCACUGGCAAGCCAAUCGACGAUUUUUACGCGAACCCCAAAGACAAUCCAGAUGGCAUCCUUGUCAACGGAACGCUCCCAACCCAUGAAGCCCAAGGUGUUCACUCUCUGACCGAUGUUCCUGUGUUCGCUAUGGGGCCUUGUCAGGAGCUUUUUGCUGGUGUUUACGGGAACAUCGAUGUCUUCUUCAAUAUGGCAAAUUGUUUAGGACUUGGUCGGCCAGACGAUAAGCCCGGUGUGCUUGGUGCUUCAGGCUCAGGAAGUGGUCCCGUUGCAACGAGUGCUAGUGCUGAUCCAGUGACGCGAACUCAGAGGGGAAUGUGGUUUGGAAUGCUAGUCUUCAUGAGAUCAAUUGGUUGGGUGGCGUUGAAUUUGUGAUCAUGGUAAUGGUUAAUAAAUAGGCUAAUGCUUUUAAUGAAAAUGUACAGGAAAGACUCGCUAAAGUAUAAUAGUACAAGGUUCCCAGCCAUAAGGAUAUCCUCGUUUAUAUCCUUGGGAUUUUGGUCGGUCAUGAAUUUUAUUAGUAGGG